AUGCCGCCUUUCGAAGAGAUGGGCUGUCCCUUCGGCAGUGAUCGGUCCUUUGGGCCCCAGGUCGACCCUCGAUGCAGACCGUUCGACUUCACCCUGCUUUUCGAGGACAUCUUAUUCGUCACAGUGCCGGCUGCCUUGCUUCUCAUUCUUGCGCCCAUCCAGAUAUGGGGCCUCUUCAGGCAGCGAGCUGCGUUUACCGUGCGAUCGAGGGGCCUUCGGCGAUGGAAGUCGAUGACUUUUGCCUCGAUUCUUAUCGUGCAGGUGCUCUACCUUGUGUAUAGAGGUCAAUCUCCCGAAUUAAAGACGAGACUCUCCCUUCCCGCGGACAUCUUGAGCUCCACGGCUACCGUGCUGGCCUUCUUCCUAUCAAGGGCCAGUCAUGCACGAUCACUUCGCCCUUCAACCGUGCUCGAUCUGUAUCUGUCACUCUCCAGUCUCUUGAAUAUCGCUCGGACUAGGACACUAUGGCUUCUGGCAGCCGGCACUCCAGCCCCGAUUCUCAUGAUUGUGAAUCUUUCUCUCACACUCUUCGCCCUCAUACUGGAAUCGAUCGAAGAGAAAAAGCGCCUGGCAAACGGCUCGCCGGAAGAGUUCAGCGGCAUUUGGGCAAGGAUCAGUUUUUCUUGGCUCUUUCCUUUGCUCAGGAAAGGCUAUGUCAAAGUCCUUUUACAGGAUGAUUUGCCGAGUCUGGAUACUAGGCUGCAGAGCAGGUUGCUGCGUCGCCAGUUGAUCACAACUUGGUCCAAGUAUGACCCAAAGGCCCGACACAGUUUGCUGAGAGCAUGCUUUCGCACCCAUCUUUCGACUUUUCCUUCGGCAAUGCUCCCAAGAUUGUGUGUAACAGCAUUCACCUUUGCUCAGCCUUUUCUCGUCAAUACCACCAUCAAGCUUGUCGGUGAUAAAAACGCCAAUGUUUACCACGAAAAAGGGCUCAUUGGCGCAUGGGCUCUUGUAUAUCUGGGCCUUGCGGUGUCACGAUCUUUAUACACAUACGAGGCCUCUAGGUUCGUCACCAAGCUAAGAGGAGGGCUUAUUGCCCUUGUGUAUCAACGCUGCCUUGAGAUUCGUGCCGCGGAUGAGGGCAACGUCUCUGCCGUCACCCUCAUGGGCACCGACAUCGAACGUAUAGCCAGCGCCAUGCAGCUGCUUCAUGAAACCUGGGGCUCUCUUGUGGAUAUAGCAAUUGCAUGCUGGCUGCUGGAAAGGCAGCUCUUCCUGGCCUGUCUUGCGCCGAUUGCUCUCGUUUUAGUCUUCAUUGGGAUAACCUCGCAAAUAUCGGUGGCUACGCAAAGGGCGCAAGUAGCAUGGAUAGAAAAGGUCCAAGAGAGGCUGCGAACGACCGCGUCUUUGCUGGGAGACAUCAAAGCCAUCAAAAUGCUUGCAUUACCGCAUGUGGUAUCGCUACUACUGACCAAUCUCCGAAGAAACGAGAUAAAAACGUCCAAAAAGUUCAGGGAGCUUCUCGUUGCCACACUGAUGCUCUCCCUCACACCCUUGAAUCUCGCUCCUGCUGCGACCUUUGCAGUCUAUGUUGUGAUAGCCGUCUACUGGACUCAUGAGACUUUUUACACAGCCCAAGCCUUUACCUCACUGGCUUUGAUAGGCCUACUGACGGGCCC